AUUUCAAAACACUUGGUAUGACAAAACAAAAAGGUUUAAUAUACAUCUUUCUAAUAUCUCUGUAAAAAGCACAAAAUAUUAUAAAAUGAUAUUAAUCUUCAAUAUCAACAGUUUGGCAAAAAUUACAAAUACGUAAAUUGCGUCUAUUCUAUCGGCAUCAUAACGUCCAAUUUCAAACUGUUGGGAAGAUAAUCUCAAUCACGACAUAACAGUAUAUAAGGUAAUGAAUCUAAAUAUUUUUCAAACACAAAAAGACAGUUAAAAGUUCUAUAUGUAAACAAGGAACGACUGUUAUUCGUUGUUUGAACUGUGAGUUGAAAGACUACAAGUUAUAAUAUGAUGGAUUAUUAUUAAUAAAGAGGCAAACGGUCGAAUGUAAAGGAACGGAUUCUCCUUUGACGUCAGAAGGUAAUAUUGAGAUGGAUGCAAUAAUUAUGGACGGAAGAACGCUAAAUUCAGGCGCUGAAGCAGCCGUGAAAAAUCCUAUUGUUCUGGCCAGAAUGGCAAUGGAGCAUAUAUCUUGUUCAAUAUUUUCACUUGUUCCGAGAGAGAAAACACCGACUGAUCAAACUAUGUCGACCAAUGUGGAACCUGCUAUUAUUGUUCAUGGCGGGGCAGUUGCGUUCCCAGGUGACAAGAAGGAUAGAGCCUCAGAAGGAACAAAGAAAGCUGCUUCUAAAGGCUACCGCAUGCUGAUAGAUGGAAGAUCAGCACUUGACGCCGUACAAGCCGCUAUCUGUGUACUAGAGAAUGACCCCACAUUUGACUCCGGAACGGGUUCUCCUUUGACGUCAGAAGGUAAUAUUGAGAUGGAUGCAGUAAUUAUGGACGGAAGAACGCUAAAUACAGGCGCUGUAGCGGCCGUGAAAAACGUGAAAAAUCCUAUUGUUCUGGCCAGAAUGGUAAUGGAUCAUACGGAUCACUGUCUAUUGGUAGGAGAAGGGGCUAAUCAGUUCGCUGACGAGGAAGGUGUUCGCAGAAUACCAAAGGAAAACCUUAUCACUGAGGAAAAUAGAAAGAAAUUCAAAGCUUCCUUCGGCAAAGCACUGACAACUGAUUUUAGUACAAGGGACCAUGACACAGUUGGAGCUGUCGCUAUAGACAGAGAAGGUAAUAUUGCGUUUGGAACUUCAACAGGGGGAAUAACCAACAAGAGACCAGGCCGAGUCGGCGAUAGCCCUAUUGCCGGUAUAGGAGGUUAUGCCGACAAUAAUGUAGGAGGGAUCUCUUGCACUGGUCAUGGAGAGUCUAUAACGAGAGUUGCCUUGGCGUAUGACAUUAUAUCACUGAUGAAAUACACAAACAGGUCUACACAAGAGGCUGCAGAUUACGCUCUUGGUCAGAUGGAAGGCAAACUGCGAAAUGCUAAGAAUAACUUCGGAGCAGGGGUAAUAGGUAUUGGCAAGGAUGGUAACCCUGUUUACUCAUUUAGAACUGGGCAGAUGGCAUGGGCCUGGGCAAAGGAUUGGAAACUACAUAAUGGUGUUAAUCCUGGAGAACAUAAUACAUACACAAUUACGCCUGACGCCAAUGGAGAAUACAAACUUAAUAAGGACUAAUGAAGUGGCAAGAGAUAUAAAAAUGGCGAUGAAAUUGCACUAAUAUGUACACGGAUCAUUAGAAUUAGAAAUCUUUUUAUUGUACAUGUAACAGACGCAAGUGCCAAUAUGACACGUCAGUCAUGACAAAUGACGUCACAAAUACGUGGACUUAUCAUUGAAGUUCCUAUUUUAGAUUCUUUAUAUUUUGGGAAUAUGUUCCAGCAGAUAUUCUAAAUAUUGUUCCCACGUGUCCAUAGAUGCACUAUGCACUGCAGGUGUUUGACCUUUGUUAUUUUACAAGAUACUUUCUGAGCUUUAUUUUGUAAUCAGUGCUUCAUAUAGAUCUAGUUUAUCUGUAACUAGGCUUUGGUAGUGUCGUUUUCAAAAUAUUACAUUUCUUAGAAACAGUUAAAACGUUAAAACACUGUUAUACUAUGUUAACAAAACCUUAAUAUUUACAAAAAUUCCACUUUAAUACGAUUUAUCUUUGUAAAGUUAUGUAUUGGAUUGUAUAUGGUAUUAAAACUAUAAAAAAAAAAUCAAUUUCUGUUCUUUCUUUCUCAGCCAGUGUUUAUUAUUGUUUAAAUUAUUAUUGUUUAAAUAUGUUUUAUUAGACUUAAGUCUUGUUAUUUUGUACGAUAAAUAACUGCCGUCUUUAGUGAAAAAGCAGUAGGUAAAGUUAUUCCGCUGAAGUGAUAACAAUAUUGAAAAUUGUCAUGCAACUACGGGUGGGGUGGCGGAAGUUUGUUUUGAUAAUGAUUGUUGAAAAAUUAAGUAUGUUAUAUUUUGUUCUGUCUUAUUUGUUAAAGUCACUUGUGCAUGGCUUGGACUGAUGGCAUAAAAGCUAUUUAUAUU